UUUUCCUUUCUUCUUCCCUUCUUUUUUAUUAACAUGAUAUUUUUUCUUUCAAUCUCAAAUACAUAGAUUUUGCAACAUUUUUAUUUUAUUAUUAUUAUUUUAGAGGAUAGCUUGAUUUGCAAGAAAGUAAAAAAAGGAUGACAGAAGAGAAAAGAAAAAUGGGGAGAGGGAAAAUAGAGAUAAAAAGAAUAGAAAAUUUGAAUAGCAGACAAGUUACAUUCUCUAAAAGACGAACGGGAUUACUGAAAAAGGCGAAAGAAUUAUCGGUUCUUUGCGAUGCUGAAGUUGCUGUUAUUGUUUUUUCUAGCACAGGAAAGCUUUAUGAAUUCUCCAGCUCUAGCAUGGAUCACACACUCUCAAGAUACAAUAAUGGUCUGGAUUCUGAAUGCACUAAACAUCUUCCUCGCCACAUAAUAGAGCCAUCAGAAUCUGCAGAAGUUAGUGCAUUGAAAGAUGAAGUCUCAAGACUAAGAAUGACAUGCUUGCAAAUGAGUGGUCAACAACUUGAUGGGUUGAAAUUGAAAGAGCUUCAGCACUUGGAAAAGAAAUUAAGUGAAGGACUACUUUCUGUCAAAGAUAAAAAGGAACAACUUCAUUCCGAGAAACUUAGACAAUCCAGAUUCCAGGAAGAGAAGGCGAUCCGAGAGAACGAAGGGCUACGAAAACAAGUUGAGGAGCUUCAAAGAAUUUCAAGAUCCAAGUCACUUCUACGCCCUGAAUUAAUUAAUCCUUCAGAAAGAAAAUUUUUCAUGUCAAGCACUAAAGCUGAUUGUUAUGAACAGCAAGAGCAAGUUCAUGAUGAUGUUGAUGAUCUGUCGGAAACCUCCUUGCACUUGGGAUUGCCUUAUGAUCUUAAUCGGAAGAGGAAAGCACCAAAGAUAGAACAUACCAGCAAUGAUUCUGGGAGUCAAGUAGCUUCUCAAUGAUUUUAGAUUUAUAGGAACUAUAAUUGAUAGUGAACUUGAUCCUCCUUUAAGGAGUGAAACCUUUUUUUUUUGUAGUUUAGUUUAUCUAUCAUCCUUAGAAAGUUGAGUAAAUCACAGACAUAAUUUCUUAAAAAAUAAAUCUUUAGUGUGGUGGAUUAA